AUGACGAAAGGCCUCUGCCUGCAUCCUGAUUGGACGGUAGCAGGUAGCUGCGACACUUUGGAAAGUGAUAGUGACAGUGGCUGGGGGUCCGUGCCCCUGGCUGAGCCUCCCCCCAGCCCAGGAGCCAUGUCCUGGGGGCUGCUCCUGGCGCUCUGUGGGGGGCUCCUGGCUCCAACCAUGGCUGGCGGACGCCACAGCCUGGCCGUGCUAGUCACAAUAGUCAUUGACAAAGACUGGGCCCAUCACUACUUCAUGAUCGCCCAGCUGGAUGACAUUAAGAUCCUGUACUACAGCAGUGACACACGAGAAGUUAGAACCACCAAGGAGUGGGCUGCACAGGCCUUGGGCGCUGAGUUUUUCCAGAAUAAGACCCAGGAGUUCUGGACAUAUGAUGAGGAUUCUAAAGGGGGUAUGAGGAGGUUGAUGCAGCAGCACAAUCAGACGGGCGGUGUUCACACUGAGCAGAUUCAUGUAGGCUGUGCCCUGAGCAACCAGGCCCCUGUGGACCCAAGGUUCCAAUACGCCUAUGACGGGGGGGACUUCAUCAGCUUUGACAACCAGACGGGAACUUGGGUCGCGGCCGUGCAGCCGGCCUUCCUCCAGAAGCAGCUCUGGGAGACAGGCAAGACCUGGACUCAGUACGUCCAGUGGUGCCUUCAGCACGAGUGCAUGGGGACCCUGCGGAUCCUGUUGCAGCAUGGAACACACUGUCUCCCUCCAGUGCCCCCCAUCGUCUCAGCUUUCCGCAGAGACUCCCCUGAUGGCUCCAUCACCCUCUCCUGCCAUGCCAGGGGCUUUUACCCGCGUCCCAUCCACAUCUCCUGGGUGCGGGACGGAGAAGACAUCCUGGCGGAGAUGGACUCCAGCGGGAUCCUGCCCUAUGCUGACAGCACCUACUACAGGCAGUCGUCCCUGGAGAUCUCCCCACAACAGGAGGACGGGCACCGCUAUGCCUGCCGGGUGGAGCACAGCAGCCUGCCGGAGCCCACGCUCGUUUGGGCCCCUGGGAAGAAGGGCACCCUGCCUCCUGGGGCUGUGGCCGCCAUCGUCCUGGCUCUGGCUGGAGCCGUAGGGGCCAGCGUCAUCCUGUGGAAGAGAAAAUCAGCAG